UUUCUUUGGUUUUCAAUGAAUAUCGUUGUUUUCGUGAUAAGUUCUCUCUCAAUUCUUAAAUGAGUAGUCUUUAGUUACAGGUCAAGGUUCGUCAAUUUUGAGUUCUAUCAACCGAUACACACACAAAUGGCCAUGAAGGAAAACGGGUCCAUCCCAAGCCGUGCACCAGAAGAACUGAAGGCAGUUUUGAAAGCAGUGGCAUCCGAAUGGGGAGAUAUAAUAAAAGACAUGGAAGAAUUUCUUGUCGUUAAGUUGAAGGGAGCAAUGACUAACGAGGUUUUCCAGAUAAACUGGCCGACAAAGCACGGUGGUCUUCAUCAGAAAGUGCUGGUCCGGGUUUAUGGUGAAGGUGUGGAAGUGUUCUUCAAUAGGGAUGAUGAUAUUAGGACCUUCGAGUGCAUGUCCGAGCAUGGUCAAGGACCUAAGCUUCUUGGGCGGUUUCCAGAUGGAAGGAUUGAGGAAUUCAUCCAUUCCAGGACACUCUCCGCCGCAGACCUCCGUGACCCUGAAAUAUCUUCCCUUGUAGCAGCUAAACUGAGAGAGUUCCACAAUCUUGACAUGCCUGGUCCCAAGGAUGUACUUCUCUGGAAGCGAUUGAGGACCUGGCUUAGUCAGGCAAAGAAAUUGUGUUCCCCUGAAGCUGCAAAAGAAUUUGGCUUGGACGCUCUCAGAGACGAAAUCAGCAUCCUCGAGAAAGAGUUGUCGCAGGGCGAUCAGGAAAUCGGGUUUUGUCACAACGAUUUGCAAUACGGUAACAUAAUGAUGGAUGAAGAAACAAGAGCAAUUACCCUGAUCGACUACGAGUAUGCAAGUUACAAUCCCGUUGCUUAUGACCUUGCAAAUCACUUCUGCGAGAUGGCAGCAAAUUAUCAUUCAGAGACACCCCAUAUCUUGGACUACACCAUAUAUCCUGAUUCAGAGGAGCGCCGAAGAUUCAUCCGUGCAUAUAUAACAUCUUCAGGGAAUGAACCCAGUGAUGCUGAAGUGGAGCAGCUACUUGCUGAUGCAGAGAAAUACACCGUUGCUAAUCAUCUGUUCUGGGGCUUAUGGGGAAUCAUCUCGGGUCACGUAAACAAAAUAGAGUUUGACUACCUGGAGUAUGCAAGGCAGAGGUUUAAGCAAUACUGGUAUAAGAAAUCACUUGUUCUUCAGUCCCUGACUUUUUGAUGCAGCCAAGGCAAGUUAUCAGAUAACAGCUAUAGAUAUAC